CACAUCCAAAUGUUUACAACACAACCUUUCAUGUCUUUGUUCAAAUGUUUACAUACAUUGAUUUAAAAGAUGAGUCACGUGGCUAAAAUAUAUAUACAAAACUAAUAUACGUACUGGUAUUAUUGGUACAGUGUUUACUUCGGUAUAUCAUUUCAAAAUAUAGCCAUAGAAAAUACAUACAGUAAUGGCAACUGCAGGCGAGGACCAGACAGACAAUGGCCCAAAGAGAAGUUUGAUUGUAGAUGAAGCUGCGUUCGAAGAACAGUUCUUAAGGUGCCACAUCUGUAAUGAGAAAUAUAGCCAAGCAGACAGACUUCCGAAAUCACUACCAUGCAAUCAUACUUUCUGUCUUAUAUGUCUCAAAUCCGUUUUCGACCACCAUCAUCAGAAUUCUAGAAGAACAGUGCCAUGGAUGGACGAUAACUUGGAAGGUGUAUUAAAAUGCCCAGAAUGCCGUGUAGAAAUUUUUCUGAGCCGAACUGAAAUUAGUGCUCUACCCUCAGACCAUCGUGUUAUACAAAUGAUGGACUUUUUGUCACGUGUAACUACAAAAUCUCAAAAUGUUUGUACUAAACAUGAGAACCAGCCACUGAACUUUUUCUGUAAGAAAUGUUUGAUACCCGUUUGCAGAGACUGUACAGUACUUGACCAUAAAGAGGGACAAGAGCACGUGAUUGUUGAUGUCACGGAGGCGUUGUCUGAGAACAGUAAUGAGUUCGAUGAAAUGAACGAUAAAAAUAAAGGCAUGCUGGAUAAAAUGAAAGGGCGAACAGAUUCACUCGCAAAUGCUUCAAAACAAUUAGACUUACUGGAAAGAAAGCUAAGAUCAACUAUCAAAGACACUUUUAUAGAAUAUCGAUUAUUGCUAGAACGUAGACAAGAGGCGCUCAUUAAAAUAUUGCGGGAAAGUGUACAAGAACAGAAACAAAAGAUUAACACGCGUUUUGUUGACAUCUGUACCCAGGGAUCACAGUUACAGAAACUUUACGAUACGUUUACAAAAGCAAGGUCAAACAAUGACAUAAGACAAUUGUUCACAGUUCAGCAACAACUAAAAGAAAAAGAGACUGAAUUUACUUGUACUGCCGAAGCAACCGAUGACGAACUGUUCAUUACUUGUAAAUUUGAGGCACCAAACGAAUGUUUAUUCUUAUCAGAAAUGAGUGGCCUAGGGGAAGUUACAACUAUUGAAGACCUGUCGUUAAAGAACCCGGUUCCAGCUCAUCAACUAGUCUUACUAGACAGUUUGGACUCGCAUCGUAUAAAUCCAGCUUUAUAUUUACCCGAACUUGACUGUGACGAAAACGAGAGCCCUGAUAAUGAAAACGACACAGAACAAAACGACGAAGACCACAUUUUGCCUGACGAUAUUUCUUCAAAUAUCAGAAACCGUUUAUUACAAGGAUCUGAAAAUGACCAACAAACAGACGAAAACGACGAUCAUUAUUUGGAUCAACUUCGAGAACACCGUGAACAACUUGCUUCUACUUAUCUAAUGAGAAUCGCGUCUCGCUUGAACGAAAGUGCUGCGGAAAUGGCUGAAGCAUUGAAUCAACAACCAACCCAGCCAGAACAAAGAACACCAAGCCAGAGCAACCAAUCAUCGCGUGGAAGUAAUAAUAGGUCAAGUUCAUCGAGACAACGUCGUCCACAGCAACCAGUAAGAGUUGUACGUCAUCCAACGCAGCCGACACCACCACGUGAGGCACGUGACCAGGGUGGUAUGUACACGUCAUCACGUUACACGAAUUCAGACAAUAGAUAGAUGUGUAAUAUGUAUAAAUUGAAAUCGUUAAUGUUAACAACUUUAUCCCAGUGUGCAUUUAUGGACGCAAUGCUUCAUUCGGCAUUUGUAGGACCUUAAUUUAGUCCUUUUAUUUUGAACCCUUCCUAUUUGUGUGAGAGACAAAGCAUAAUGUGAUAUGAUAAAAAAUGUGAUUACUAUGAAAUAAAAUAGUUUAAAGAG